AUUCUCGUACAAGGAAUGCUGCUUCAUAAGGAACUCUUGAUAAAACCCAAUUAGUCACACUUUCAAUUCUGCUUGCAGUUUGGAUGAUUAAAAACACGCCAUUUCAGAGUAAACACUUCAAAUAUCUCCCAAAAUGGCAUCAGUUCAACCUCAAGAUAAUGGCUAUAGUUUACAUACGUAAUCAGUAACAUUAAAGUACAUAACACAAUUGAACUGCAGCAAAAUCUUGCCUUGGGAAAAAAAAAUGAAAGAAUGCUAAUGUAAACAAGUGUAUUUUGGCCAUUUCAUGUAAUGGAAUGUUAAAUGCCAAAUCCUAUACACAAUUAGCAGCAGUAUAGCCCCAGAAACGAAUCCUUUUCUUCUGCGCACUUCCACCAAUUCUCGAACAAAUCUGUGCCCUUGAUUGCAUCGAACGAUUAUUCCACAAAAAAGAUGAAACUAUUCCGAAUUCCAAUCUUGGUUCUUCUUGAAAGUUUUCUCCAAGUUGCUGCUUUUAACCUCUGUCUAACUUUUUCACCCAGACUUGUCUUCAGGGCCAGUGAAGAGAGAUAAUGUGGUGUUUUGGCAGCUUCUAUAGUCUGCAUGAUAUCAGGAAAUGAGAAAUUUGACUUUUAAUGCAUUAAGUGACACUACAUUUAAAAAAUAUCCUAUCACUAUGACUCAUUUUGGUGCUACUAAUGACCUUACUACCCAAAAUACCCCUGGCAUUUUUUCUCACAAACUCUCUGUAUUCUCUCCCAAAGUCCCGAAGCAAGCAAACUUUGUAACACCUAAACCCGAAUGAAUCCGUAGAACCCAACCAUUGUCUUCCAGGACCACGAACAAGGGCUCCCAAAGGGUCGGAGUUGACGAUCGGAGAAGGGGAAGGAGAAAACGUCGAGCAAGCCGACCAAACUUUUAGGAAACAACCCCAAAGAAAGCGAAGGUGAGGGAUUUCGUUUUUAAUCUGCCAUAUGUGUAUGUGCCUAGUUUUUUUUUUUGUUGAUUUUUGUUCAUAGGAUAGAUCGGGGCUGGGGAAUGAAGAAAUCUGGGUUUUUUUCGAGAUUUUUUAUGCACGUCGAUAGGACUCGAUAGUAUAUACCAGGGUAUGGAUUUGACUGUGCCUCGAUGGGACUCGAUGAAAUUUUAGCAUAUACCUCGAUAGGACGCGAUGCUAUUGGCCAUAUGGCUUAUGUAGCCUUUGCCUCGAUGACACGGGGCUUUGGGAUUUUUAGGACCUACCUCGAUAGGACUCGAUGAUACGGGGCUUUGGGAUUUUUAGCACCUACCUCGAUAGGCCUCGAUAGUAACCAGAUGAUAUCUUGCUUUGAGAUUUUUAGGACCUACCUCGAUAGGCCUCGAUAAGACUCGAUAGUAACCAGAUGAUAUGAUUCUUUGGGAUUUUUGGAACCCACCUCGAUAGGCCUCGAUAGUAACCCGAUGAUAUCAUGCUUUCGGAUUUUAGCACCUACCUCAAUAGUAGCUACCUCGAUAGGCCUCGAUAGUGACCAGAUUGUUUUACAUUUUUUUUUUUGUAUUUUUUUUCAGAUGCCUGAACUUAUUGUGUCGUUGGAGAAGCACUUUCCUGGUCGUGCCACUUAUAGGGGUAGUGCCUACUUGGAUACCCUUAUAUAGCAGUUUCAGAAGCAUGGUCUUAUUGAAAGGGCAGAGGCAUGCCCGUUGGGACAGUUCUUUAAGGCGAAGCCGUUUAGUUUUUUUGGGGUUCUGCUGCAUCAACUAAUGUUGCGUAAGGUAGAAAGCAAGAAGCCUGAAGAGGGUCAGUUCUACCUGGGCAACACUCUGUGUAGAUUUGGUAUUGCAGAGUUUGCCUUAUUUACCGGGCUAAAUUUUGGGAAAUCACCAAUCCCAGAUGAGUUGAAAGAAUAUCUUUCAAGUGAUCGGAUCAUCCAGGAAUAUUUUAAUGGUAAUCGAAUGUUAGUUUUGGUCAGUUGGAAGAUGCAUUGAAGGCCUCCACAAACCCAAAAGAUGCAUUUAAGCUGAGUUUGUGCUAUUUGAUAGAGGGGGUACUGAAUGCCCCAAAGAAGACAACGACGAUAUAGGGAGAUUCCCUGAGGAUGGUUGAGGAUCUUGAUUACUUUUUCAAGUAUCCAUGGGGGAAGUUGUCAUUUAAGAAUGUUAGCAAAGAAGUUCAGAAGGACAUGAAGAAGCAAUUGAAACUCUACGAGGAGAAGAAGAAAGAGGGGUCAAGCAAAAAACAGAAGGAGGCGAAGUAUAGUUUCUAUGGCUAUGCACCCACGCUUCUUUACUGGACUUUUGAGGCCAUGCCAUCUCUCGGGAGUAAGUUCAGUGGGAACCAGAUACCGAGGAUGCUUAGCUGGGCUACGAAGAUUGAUAUCACUAUUUCGACAGCUCAGUUGGUUCCUAUAUUCGCCAACUGUCGAUUAGUGGUAUUUUCCAUGCUGAAGUCACGUCCCAGUGAGGUAGUCUACUACAAUAGCCUCCCAAAAGUUGAUUCCAGGUUAUUCUCUAAGUUGGAAUCAACUGUGGGGGAGGCUGGGACUGCAGCGGAGGAAGUAGUGGUACCUGAGAAGGAGGCAGAGAAGCUGGCAAAAGUUGCAAAGGAAGCCUCCAUUUUUUAUGAGGAUGUCCCGAGGGUUGAGGAGGGCACUUCACAGGCCUGUGCAGCUUCAUCUAGUCAGGUUGCCCAGCUUGAUUAUGAGCAAUUGAUGCAGAGGCUCAAGAGGGUCGAGGAGGGCCAGUCAACCUUACUACAGAAUCAGACCACGAUAAUGGCUCAGUUGGCGCAGCUGCUUUCACUGGUCUCAGGUUGAUCCACUGACGUAAAAUCAGAUACAGAGUCCGAUAUCUUGCCUGCAGACUACGAGUGUGAUGAUCAACCCUCCACUCCACAGGCCCAUACAUCUGUAGUUGCUAGUGAUGCUGACAGUCCCAGUGUACGAGUACUGCAGCCCGAUGAGGCAGCUGGCCUUGAAGUUGUCAGGAAGAAACGCAGGCCCAAGCGUUUUGAUGACUUCACCGACCCAACAAAGAAGAUCAGACUAGAUAAACAGGGGCUAGUUGCUGAACCACUGAGGAAGUGUGACCCACAACAGGAGAAGAGCUUCCAUAAGUGGAUCAUCGGGAAGAUCGACAACAAGAGAGACCGGAACGUCUAUACUGGGACGCAUGGUUCUUGCAGUUGCAUACAGUCCAGACUUGGCUUUGGGAUUCGCAUAUUGAUGCCGCUUUGCACAUGCUACGCCGCCGAUGCCACUUUUACCAUGCUGCAUUUCGACAGGAUGCUGUGAACAACACCAUCUUCCCCCAAGUGUGCCUAGGUCGUUGGAAUCAUUUCAGAGAGACCGACACUAAGUAUACAUGAGACGACGAUGUGCUGAGAAUGUUGAAGGGCGAUGAUAAUCAAUUCCUUGUAUCAUGGCAAAAUAUGAGUGACGUAUAUUUUUCCUUGCACAUCGAGAAAGCCGCACAUUGGAUCGCCAUUGAAGUCUCCAAUCCAACGUGGUGCGUCAACAUUUAUGAUUCCAACCAUAGCGUGCUCAGUCCCACUCUGAUGGAGGAAGCGAUCUAGCCUUAGUGCUUAUUGUUGCCUUCGUUGUUAUGGUGUUCUGGCAUGUUUGACGACCAUAAGGACCUCCAGGUAUAUCCUGAGCAGAAUGCAAAGCCUUUUUCAUAUUGUCGUAUUCCUCCAGAGGAGUGUCCUCAGACUAAGACAAGUGGAGAUUGUGGUAUGUUUGCCAUCAAACAUAUCGAGCAUCUGGUUGCCAGGCUACCACUCGAUACCGUUAUCGAUGAGAACAUCCAACAUUUCAGGACAAAGUGGUGUGUGGACCUAUUCUAUCAAAAUU